GGAAGAUGUGUUUGAUUCCAGUUUCUCCCUGCAGAAGAUCCGCUGUCCAUUCUAUGACUCCAAGCCAACAAAGAGUCACACACAGACAGGAAGCCCCAAAGACCCAUGGAAAUGUCCAGCCUCCUCUACCUACUUGGUUCCUCUCUGCCUUCUCUGCUGCUGAUUCUGUUCCUUGGCCUCUCUGGAGUCCGAGGCCAGGAGGAGAUCCAGGUGCUGCAGCCUAAGGGUCCCGUGUCUGUGGCAGAGGGAGAGACAGUCACAUUGAACUGCACAUUGCCUUGGGUUCAACCACCAGGAACAGUGAUAUGGUUCAAGGGGAAAGGGCCCCAGAGACAGGAAAUUUACAAUUUCAAAGGAGGCACCUACCCCCGGAUAAAGAAAACAGCCCCACUUAGCAGCACCACAGACUACUCCAUCAGCAUCAGCCACAUCACUCCAGAGGACAGUGGCACCUAUUACUGUGUGAAGUUCAAAAGGGGAACUACUGACACAGAGCUUAAAUCUGGUGGGGGCACCACAUUGUCUGUGACAGCCAAACCCUCUCUUCCUUUGGUGUCCAGCCCCCAGAAGAGAGCAAACAUCAACCAGAUGGUGAAUAUGUCCUGUAGCUCAACUGGCUUCUUCCCCAAAGACAUCACCUUGAAGUGGUUUAAAAAUGGGACUGAGCUCCCGGCUCUCUGGACCCGUGUUUUCCCCGAGGGAGAUAGUGUUUCCUACAACCUCACCAGCACUGCGCAGGUGCUGCUCACAGCCAGUGAUGUUCACUCUGAGGUCAUCUGUGAAAUUCAUCACCACACAUUAUCAAGUCCUCUGCGUGGGAAAAAGAAGUUGUCAGACAUUAUUCGAGUUCCACCAGAAAUUGGGGUUUCUAGUCUGUUGUUCCCUCCAGAUUGGAUGGCAGCCACCUGCUAUGUGUUGAAAUUCUACCCCAACCACUUAAAUGUCACCUGGCUGAUGAAUGGCAUCAUUGUUGGAGGAAAGAAGUCAACUACACCCACUGAGAAUAAGGAUGGCACCUAUAGCCUUGAUUGCUCACUCAUGGUUCCCAUGUCUGCACAAAAAGAAGAUACUGUUUUCACCUGUCAGGUGUUCCAUGAUUCCCAGCCUCCUAUCAAUGAGACACUGAGAGCUUCAGCUUCUCCCAUGCAUGGGGCUCAAACAUGCCCAGGCUCAGCAGUUUCUGCACAGCUCUUUGUGGUAUUCCUCCUGGGACUCAAGGUCCUGUUGCUGCUCAAUGUCUCCAUAUUCUGUAUCUACAGAAAAUACAAGAGAACAGCUUCAGGUGCCAACCUCUCCUUCAAGAGCUCCUCUGCUCCAGCUCCUCAGUCUCAACUUCCUCCUGCUUCGAGACAGGGUCCUGGCCUGGGAUAGAACAGAGUCUCCUCUCCCAUGCUACUGGACCUUAACUGCUUGUCCUAAUCUGGCUCCCUAGGUUUUCUCUGAAUGCAGUGACCUGGGCUAGAGGGCAAGGGUAUGGCCGGUACCAGGCUGAGCCUGGCCUCUCUGGAUUGACCCAAGUUCCAAGGUUCAAAAGGGCAUAGACUCUGAUUCUUAAAGUUGUUACCCCUCUUCUUUCUCAGCAGAAGAAGAGAGAGAAGCAAGAUCACUUAGUAUUGCUCCCUAAGGAGUGACCAGAGACACCAUUGCUCCUUCUCUUAUCCGCCAUCACCAUUGUUGUUCUUCCUCUUAUUCCUCCUCUUCCUGAUCUUCUUAAGUUAUUAAACCCAUCCUCCUUCUCCUGUGGGUGA